AUGGCAGACCUGAGAUCCGCAGUUUACGUCGCACCUCCGAUUCCUGCGAAGGUGCCAGGCAAAGACUUCACAACGAUGUGGUCUCCGAUAUCGUGCACCUUGAUCUACUCGGCCACAGAAGCCGUCCUCGUGGACACCCCAAUUACAAUCAAGCAAACAGAGGACCUCAUAGCUUGGAUCGAGAAGAUCGCACCAAACAGAAAGCUCUCUUACAUCUACGUGACUCACGGCCACUUGGACCAUUUUGGCGGCAUCCCGCUUCUACUGAAACGCUUCCCCGAGGCCGUCCCGCUCGGGACCCCAGGCACUAUCAAGCAUAUGGAGCAACAGAUCGAAGAGACCUACUUCAACGCAGCCUGGGAGGCCCGCUUUCCAGGCCAGAUUUACAAGCCAUUUGUGUUGGCUCAGCCUUUGACCAACCACGUUUUCAAACUUCAGGAUCGUUGGGAGCUCCAUGCCAUUGAGUGCGGGCAUAGCGACACGUACGACUCAACUGUGCUCUGGGUUCCAGCGCUCCGGCUGGCGGUUUGCGGCGACGUUGUCUACGGGCAGGUGCAUCAGAUGCUGAUGGAAGCCAACACCAAGGCUAAGCGUGAGGAGUGGAUCAGAGCUGUCGAGACGAUUGAGGCGCUUGACCCGGUAUAUGUCGUGCCUGGGCACAGGCAGGCUGAAGAGAUUGACGGGGUUUGGCAUCUGGCUGCCACCAAGAAGUAUAUCCGAGACUUUGGUGAAAUCGUGGAGAAAGGGCCAAAGAACGCGAGGGAGGUGUUUGCGGAGGUGAUGAAAAGGCUGCUGGGGGUGGAUGCACAACAACCUGUCACUGACUACAACAUGACCGUCCAAGAGGCUUAUGUCUACGCCACUCGCCAUUUCGUAAGCAGAAUCCAAGAUGCUCAGAUUUGGAUGGUGGGAAAUCGACGCAGCGCAAAAUCGAUAUCUGGGCUGCCGACUUGGGUUCCAGACUACCAGCAAAGUUGGCAAGAUGAACACGAAAACUCGUUUCUCAAGUUUCCUCAACCGGCGCCAUUUCUUGGUAAAACGAUACCGACAGAUGCAUUUUCGAACGAGUCUUCGCUUUACAUCCAUGGUUAUUCGAUCGAUAGGAUCGUCUUCAGAUUGACUGUCACCAGAGACGUCGACAUUUAUGAGAUGCUACUGCCCGCAGUGCUAGCACUUGCGAGUCAAGGCCGCAGCAUAUACGAUGUCUACCCUGGUAAAGGCAGUGGGAGCAACUCCGGCUGCGAAGUAGUGGGAUUAGGUGAAACCGGCGAAUCCAAAGUACAGACGCCUGAGGAAAAUGAUGAUGUCACGAACGGCCAGGUACUCUUGGGAACUGUGAUGGAUAUGGAAGGUGUAUCUGCCAAGGAAAGUCUAGAAAUUCUCUCCUAUCUCGCAUGGGCACUUUCACACGAUCAAAGAGCGCCACCCCAGUCGAGAAUCGUCCCAGGGCAUAUGCUCGAAGAAGUUGCGAGCUGGAAUUCUCGAUCCGAAGCCUCCAAGUAUUUCAGCCUUCAGGUCUUGAAACGAGCAGAAGACAGACUGUACUACGACAAAGACCUGGUGUACACCGAAAACGGGUAUUUCGGCAUCACCAACGGAGGCGAGGCUGAAGAAGAUCUGGCGAUUGCUGUAAUUGCGGGAGCGAAGGACCUGACCAUGCUGGAGAGAAAGCAGAAUGGCGACCAGGAAUGUUGGUUCGAAUACGUUGACAAUGUGUGGAUGAACUACGCAAGAAAGGUUGAGAAGCUGGAGGAGAUCAGUGGCGGAGCGAAGAUGGAACGGCUGGAGAUCCGUUGA